CACACCUCGACCACCAACACCUCGACAGCCAUGGCCGACGACAAGGACGCUUUCGCCGAGCAGCAGGCCCAGAUGAACGCGCCGCCGCCGCCCAAGUGGCGCCCGUCGCUGCGCUCGUUCGCCUACGCUCUCGGGCUCUUCCUCCUCUUCGGUAUCGCUUGCGGUCAGCUCGGCAUCUGGUCGUGGGCGCUCCAGAAGUACGGCAACAUCCGCCGUGUCGAGGACUACCCGAACGCCGAGACGAUGCAGACCGGCAACAUGCUCUUUGCGACGAGCCUCAUCACGAUCCUCGUCACGCUCGGCGCGCCUUUCCUCCCGCUCCUCUUCCUCGCCUUCCUCCUGUUCGCGGUCUUCGUCAUGAACAUCGUCGGUGCCGGCAUCCUCACGCACCAGAUCCCCUUCGAGGCCGGCUCGUGCUCGACGAGCAACGCCAACUGGGCGCGCUUCCUCCCCGACUGCAAGAAGUGGGUCGCCUACGAGGCGCUUGCGUGGACCGCGUUCGCGCUUGCCUUCGUCCUGUUCUGCGCCGUCCUCGCCGACGUGUUUGCGUUCGCCAAGAAGCGGCAGCACAAGCGCCACUACCUCCUCGGCGCGUGAGCGCGUUCCCAGAGCCACGACGCACGACCGGCGCACCGGUGCAGCGACCGCAUCGUCGGCGCUCGACCGGGACGUCGACGUGUUCUUGCGCCCGGACCUCGCCGAGGUCGUCCAUCCCUUUCCCUCCUUCCUCGCACACCACCCCUUCCUCCUUCGUCGUUCUCCCCACCCUUCCAGGCCUUUCGCCUUCACUGCCCAGUCGUCAAGCGUCGACCUCUCGCCCGCUUCGUCCUCCUCUCGAGCUUCCCUCCCUCGCCUGUUUAUAGUCCCUCCCCCUCUGCUUUUUAGACUAGUCGACGCCUCCGCGUGCCUAAUGAUCCUUUCGCUUUC